AUGGCGUUCAAAAUAUCCCGUGUUCAAAGGCUUAGCGCCGUGAUUGGAAUUUCACUUUGCUUCUUUAUUGCCGAGAUCUCUAUCGGAUUUUACACCCAUUCUCUCGCCUUGGUCGCCGAUGCUUUCCACUAUUUGAAUGACCUCGUUGGGUUCGCGAUCGCCCUCGCUGCCACAAUAGUUGCUGAGAAAAGCACCCCACCAAAAGCUCUCACAUUCGGCUGGCAGCGAAUACAGCUCCUAGGUGCAUUUUUUAAUGGCGUUCUACUUUUCGGUCUGGGCAUCAGCGUAUUUUUACAAUCUAUAGAGCGCUUCAUCACACUGCAGCGCGUCGAGGAACCGAAACUCGUCUUGAUUAUGGGAUGUGUUGGAUUUGGAUUGAAUAUCAUUAGCGUGUUAUUCUUACAUGAUCACGACCACGACCACGGACAUGGGCAUGGACAUGGUAACGGACACGGACACGGACACGACCAUAGCCAUGAGAAUAGUGAUAGUGCAGAGAACGGAGCGUCUGUUAGUCUUGUAGAUGAAAAGCAACUUACAUUUUUUCAGCAUGUGCACCACAAACACUACACGAAUACCAAAAAGUCUUUGUCAGGCAAGCAACGUGACCUUGCCAUGAUGGGCGUCCUGAUUCAUGUACUCGGUGACUGCGCAAACAACAUCGGCGUUGUCAUCGCAGCUGCGGUGAUCUGGUUUGCAAGCUACGGUGAGAGAUUCUAUGCAGAUCCCGCCGUGAGCAUGGGAAUUGCGAUGAUGAUUUUCAUUUCUUCAAUUCCACUAAUCAAACAAUCGGGUCUUAUUCUGCUUCAAAGUGCCCCACAGGGUGUUGAUUACGAUGAUGUGAAACAUGAUCUCGAAAGGAUCCCCGGCAUCCUCGCAAUCCACGAACUUCACAUCUGGCGUCUAAACCAGGAAAAGUCGCUCGCAUCCGCACACAUUGUCCUGGAUGGGGAGAUGAUGACCGAUUUCGAGAGCUUGGCGAAAACUAUCAGGGAAUGUUUCCACGAGUAUGGAAUACACUCGAUUACAUUGCAACCUGAGGCAUAUACACGACAGGAGGAGCCGAGGCCUGUCACAGCCGGACGUUGUACUGGGGCUGAUUCCAAGAAGGAUGGCGAAGAUGGGAAGAGGAGGACGAGUAUUGAGAGUGCUUUGAAUCGUUGCACAUCUGGUUGUGGAAGUUUCUGUGUAGAACUUACAUGUUGUCGUUGA